UUGAAUAUUAAUCCCAAACACCCAAUUCAUUCAGAUCACACCAAUCCAUUUGCCGGCAAAGAAUUUGAGACUUUUCUGUGGUCCCAGGAUUACGGCGUUACUGCUCAGAAGUACCAGAAGCACACAAUUCGUUCAUUUUCUCGUCUCGGAGGCACAAUUUCUGCAUGCAUAGACCUAUGGGUAGAGACGAUCAACCUUGUUAUUCCGUCAUCGGCAAAAGAGAGUAAGAUGCUCCCGUUUUUCUAUGGAGCUGACAGUUGUGAAAUUGUAUUGAAAGAACAUCGAGACUUCUUCAAUCGAAUGGUGGAAGAGAAAUUUGACUUGAUUCUGACUGAUACUCUGUUUGCUGUAUGUGCUUAUGGAUUCGCCACACUUAAUCAGUUUUCCUUACCACGAAAGGUUGAUACAAUCGCAUCAUUUAUCUUCAAUGGGGCACGCCAUGUCCUGUAUGAGUCUCAACACACAUUGGUUGCUACCGGGGAAUCUAUGCGGGCUCAUGGCGAAUUGAAUUUUGUGCUCACACCACGUCAUUACAUGCCGAUUCAUGAUGCUGAAUUCAUACCAGAGCUAUUCCGACAUCGCCUCGCGGGGACAGUUCAGUGGAUUCAAAACUUUGCCAUCAGCGGGAUUCUUGUUGGAGAGCGCAUGAAAAGUGCUUUGGCUUCAGUUGUGCCGUCGUUUAGCUUUUUCGAGUACCAAAGAACCGCGUCAGCUACCUUCACAGAUAUGCCGUUCGAUCUCAUUGGUCCGUCGCCUAGGACGAAUGAUCUCUUCGAUUAUGGUGCAUAUUGUCCAACAGCGAAACCACUGACUGGCGAACUUCUAGAGUUUGUCUCUGACCCAAAAUCAAAAGGCACCAUUCUUGUUGCUUUUGGUGAGUUUGCUUCUCCGAGUUGA